ACGCAGCUAUGAAGUGUAAUAAAAGUAGCGCGUUCAUAGAUGAAGGUUCUAUUGUUAUAUAAUUUGUCAUCGAUAUAAAGGCUGUGGUUCUUGGUCAUCAUAAAUAACCCUAUGCUUUUGCUGUAAUUAGGAACCGAGUUGUGUUGGCAGAAAGAGUUUGACAAUGUCAUCUGAUAAGGCAACGAAGAGUGCUGCUGUCACAGCGUAUAUAAAGAAACUUGCUUGGGAAAAUCUCACGAAGUCACAGUUAAAUCAAAAACUGAUGUACGCCUGUACAAAUCGCGAUAUUAGGCUGGCUAAAGAAGCUAUUUUGCACGGCGCUAAUGUUAAUCAUCGCACAUCACACGGAAUGACUCCUCUUCUUGCGGCUGUAGAACAUGGUGAUAUUGACUUGAUCAUACUCCUCUGCACUCAGCCUAAAAGCCCUAUCAAUCUGCAGGAAAAGACUAUACACGGUCAGAUACACAUAUGUGAAAUUCUCCAUCUUUUCCAUAAAGUGAAAGUUGAUCAUUGGUUUUUUUUUUUUUUUCUCUAUUAACAACAAUAAUUGUCGUUUCAUAUAGGGUCAACCCCCUUGCAUUUGGCGGUUCUAUACGGUCACAGAGUAGUUAUGCUCGAGCUACUACGUCUAGGAGCAUUAGUAAAUUGUUCGGAUACCCUAGGCCGUUAUCCACUGCAUUUUGCAGCAACUCAAAAGGACGUCGGAAGUGCGAGGAUGCUAAUAAGAUUUGGUGCUCGCAUCAAUGUCUACGACGCUUUUUCCGACAGCCCUCUUUCUAUCAGCGUUUUACGUAGGCCUUGCGUAGCAAUGGCGAGGCUUCUUUUAGCUAACCGGUAUUACUCGCUGAAAUUAGCGUCCUCUGGUCCGCCGCCCGAUGGUCUUGGUAUGGGCCUUCUUCUUGAAGCGGUUCUAAGUGCGCGUCGCACUUCAAACUUCGAAGCUAUCAAGGUUCUGAUUUGGGCAGGAGGGGAUGUGAAUAUCGUAGAUCCUAUAGGAUUGAGGACGCCUCUACAUUUGGUUGCGAUUAACGGACAUCUGGAAUUGGCUGCGUAUCUAAUUAGCCACGGUGCCGAUUUGUACGCAAAAAAUCGAGCCGGGCAAACUCCUUUGGAAGUAGCAUUUAACUGCCGUAAUUUAAGUGUCGCGUACCUGAUCGAAGAGAGUCGCAAUAUACAAUCAAGAAGUCGUAUCAACCAAAUCCUCGAAUCUACCGAAGGGUCUGACACGCCGAUGCGUAAUCGUGAAUAG